AUGUCCAUCUCUAUUUUUGAUGGCAAAGAGGAUGCCUACUGGUGGAUUCUUUGCACCGAAUGUUUUUUCAAAGAGCACGGAACACCGACAAUAUUGAAGGUGUCGGAAGCCGUUGGAGCAUUGAGAGGUUGUGCUCUCAAAUGGUGGUUAUCGAGGUCUCGCGUUCAUUGCGAAUCAAGUUGGGAUACAUUCACCACAUCCCUUUUAUGGCGUUUCAAGCCGGAAUGGCGGAACAUUUUAUCAAUAUUAGAUGAGGAAAUCGAACCAAGUUAUGAAUCAGUGGAGUCCGCUACUUCCUUUCUUGACGAUUCAGUUGAUAGCAAAUUUCAAGAUACAGUCUCUAAAAGUGUUGAAGAAGACAUAAAAGAAUCUUCAGAUCUGUGUAGAACACAAUUAGAACAACCCACCUUGUAUGGAAACCAAUUGACACUGGUGCUUGAUAAAAUACCUCUCUAUGUAUCUGAUGAGCUUGCUUUGGAAGAUACUGGUUCCAUUGUUUCUAUUGAAGGAGAGAUUCGUCAUAACGGUUCGGGAUCUAAUGUGAAUAAUGUUCAUGUUAAUGAUACGGUUGCGGAGGUGGGUAACGAUAGCGGUUUCGGAAGUGUUCAAAACAGUGUCGUAGUUGAGGAGGAAGAAUUGAAGGUUAAGGAUCGUGAAAUGGAAAAAGUUGAAAGUUUCAUGACAAUGGAACGAUUUGUGAAGAAGAGAUUUUGCGAAUUAAGUGAGAAGCUCAAGUUUUUGAUACAAAUCUUAUAUACUCACUUGCCAAAAUCUUUCAUUUCACUUGCGACUGUAAAAAAAUUGUUUAGAGCUCCUGUAUUAUUGAGGUCUAUUGGAAUUUCAUUGUACCAAGAAAAAUUUGAGAAAACUCUUGAUGCUAGUGAAAAAGAAAGAAUUCCUUCUUGUUCUCAACCAUCAAGCUCUGAAAUAGAUGAGUUUUUGAAAACACUAAGUUUUCUUUCAAGUUCUAUUCUGCUUCCUGAACUCAAAGGGAGAAAUCAAAUAGAAACUUUUUGCUUGUCCAAUCCAUGUCUAUUUUUGUGUACAAUUUCUAGUUCAAUUAAACUGUCCACUGAAGGUAUGACUCAGAUGAAGUUUCUAUUAAUUGACGAAGCGGCCCAGUUGAAAGAGUGUGAAUCAAUAACCCCCUUACAACUACCGGGUCUUCAGCAUUGCAUUCUUAUGGGUGAUGAGAAUAAACUUCCAACACUAGUGAAAAGCAAGAUUGCUGAUAGUUGUGGGUUCGGAACAAGUAUGUUUGAAGGACUGGUACUGUUAGGAUACCAGAAACAUAUGCUUAAUGUUCAGUAUCGAAUGCAUCCAAACAUAGGCUCAUUUCCUUGCAAGGAAUUCUAUGAUCAAAAGAUUUCUGAUACCCCUUUUGUCAUGGAAGAAAGCUAUAAUAAGAGUUUUCUUGAAGGAGAAUUGUAUGCUUCAUAUUCCUUUAUUAACAUCCCUAAGGGUAAGGAGAAAUCUGGUCGAUGCCAUAAUUUUAUUAACAUGGUCAAAGUUGCUAUCAUUAUUAAAUACCUCAAAAAAGAAUGUGUGAGGAUACAAAAGAAAGUUAGCAGUGGCAUUAUCUCUCCAUAUAAAGCUGAAGUCUAUGCAAUCCAGAAGCAGUGCACUUUUGUUUCUGAUAUUGUUUUCUCUUUGAGUGUUCGCUCAAUUGACGGUUUUCAAGGCGGUGAAGAACAUAUUAUAAUAAUGUCUACUGUCAUAUCAAACGAGAGUGGAAAAUUGGGUUUUCUAUCAAAUAGGCAAAGAACUAAUGUCGCCACUUUCUUGCGUUUGUUGGAACAAAUGGGCGUAAAACUCUUGUACGGUAUUUUCGGUGCAUUUUGUUUGCUGGCUGUAGUUUUUGUGAAGAAAUAUUUUCUACAAACAAAAGGGAAAUCACUGCAGGAAAUUGAGGUUACACUUUUGGCUGUAGUUUUUGAAUCCAAGAGAAAAAAGGCUGCUUUAAAUGCUGCGAAUGCAUUGAAGUGCAUCUAUAAAGAUGAUUGUUGGAAAUUUGAACAAAUUUCAAAAUCUUUCUGGUUCAAGCAGUGGGAUCCAGGAAAGUUAUUGCAACAAUUAAGUUUUAGAACCUUGAGGACAAGGUUCAAGUGA